AUGUCAGAUGAAGAGAUCAAGACUCGCAACACAAGACUGAAACAGCGUGCCACAGCUAAGCGAGACCUCGCUGCAAGUCAUAUUCGUCGUCUACAUGCUUCAGCAAAGGCAGCAGGAGAUGAUCCAACAGCAAGGGGUCUAAUUAUGACGGCUGGUCAGGACCUGAAUAAUUGGUGGUCGCAAUAUUCAGUGGAAAGUGAUGCGUUAUUGAACGUUAUGGUUGAGUUGGAUGAAAUAGAUCAAUUUUCUCCGGAUGCUGAUGCUGAUGUCUACGCCAUGGUGGUAGAGAUCAAAUCAAUCAUCAACAAUUAUGAACAGGAAACCUUGAAGUCAUCCAAAGACGCUAGACCAGUUAUACAGAUCAGUGAUACUGCAAUAAUGGCGAAUCCAAGUGAAGAUCAUCAGUCGAUUACACAAACUAGCAACGCAGCCAUACUUCCAAAUACAGCUUCCGUAAUGGAAACACAGUCGUCAGCUCGUGUGAGUAGUUCUCCGUCGUCAGAUGUCUCCUUCCGUCCUCAAGUAUCAAUGCGCCUCCCAAAAAUCCCUCUGCCAAAAUUCGAUGGUGAUCUCCAUAGCACCAGAUUUUACUAUUUACUUGGGUGCCUUGAAGCUGAUGCGGGGGAAGUACUAAAAGGGAUUCCAGUAUCUAAAGACACCUUUCAGUUAGCCUGGAACACAUUAGUGAAAUCCUACGAUAAACCGAGAAAACUGGCCUCCUCAAUUAUUGAGAGUUUUUUAGUUGCUCCCGUAUCCACUUCAGAAUCACUGGUAGAUCUCAAACGUUUUUUGAGUGUAUUUGAUGAAGGACUAGCAAUAUUAGAAUCGUUGCACUUACCAGACCUGUGUUCGUUCCUGCUGUUUAUCAUCGCUUCAAAAUCUCUUCCAACUCAUACGCGUCGCUUGUUUGAAUCUGAUAAUUCAGCAGAGUAUCCAUCAGUUGACAGUGUGCUGGAAUUUGUGAAGAAUAGGGUGAGGGUCCUGGAAAAUGCUGGUGGUACUUCAGGACCAGGGAAAUCAUUUGGUGGAAGCAACAAGAAACCUAAUCCAGGUCCAGGGAAGCAUUACAAUCGUCCUUCCACUACCCAAACAGCGUUGGUGUCAUUUGUAAAGACUCAGAAACCUAAGUCCACUGAUUCCGAAAAGUGUCGUUGCUGUGGGGGAGCUCAUGCAUUGAAAGAUUGUGCAAAAUUUCUGGGAGCAUCUGUAGAUGAUCGAUACCAUGAUCUCACAGACUAUGUUUGUGUGUGCAAACGUCGCCAUCAUGGGCUAUUGCACAAGGACCCUUCUACUUCUGAUCCGUCGUCCAAGGUUCCUAAAGUGGCCAUGUUUGCCAAGCAUCAAAAUCAACUUCCAUCGGUAGUACUAGCGACAGCACUGCUUCAUGUUCAAGAUGUGGCUGGAAGUCCACAGACGGUUCGGGCCUUAAUUGAUGGUGGCUCACAGAUCAGUGCCAUAUCUGCAAAUUGUUGUCAACGUCUAGGUCUACGUGCAGCGAAAUGGACGUUACCAGUUACUGGGUUAUCAGAGUUACCUGUACCAAGCGUUUUGGGUAUCGUAGAUCUACAUAUCCAGCCUCGGGAUUCAAGCCAAUCUUCAAUGCCUGUAAGAGCUUGGGUACUAUCUUCCAUAACAUCUGAUAUGCCUACUUCCAAACUACCGUCAACGGUUCGGGAAAAAUGUGGUGACUUGUCAUUAGCUGAUCCGCUAUUUGAUAUCCCGGCUCCAGUUGAAAUUUUGUUGGGGGCGGACAUAUACCCUAUGGUCUGGUCUCAUGAAACUGUCUCGUUAGGUCAUGGAUAUCCAACUGCGUUCAACUCCAUCUUCGGUUGGGCAAUUGUAGGUCCACUUCAACACAUAAAGGCUCCAAGUCCUAGGGCUCUACCUGUUCAGAUAUCUUCCUCAGUCGAAUCCUUAAUGGAAAAGUUUUGGAACGUUGAGGAACCGGAAGCUGCUCCGCCCGUGUUCACUCAGGAGGGUCAGUGUGAAGAAAUCUUUCUGUCAGAGAUGUGCAAGAAUGGUAAAGGACAGUACAUGGUCCCAUUGCCGUUUCGUGAUGGUCAGCCCAGUUCUUUUCCUGGAAUGCGACAAAUUGCAGUUAAUCGUCUGUUACAACUGGAGCGCAAACUAUCCCGAGACCCUGUGCUGUACAAUAACUACAGAAGGUUCAUGGUGGAAUAUGAGUCGUUAGGGCACAUGUCUGAGGCAGAUUCUCCAGGAGACUACUACAUCCCGCACCAUGCUGUUUACAAGGCCGAAGGGGAAAACAUGAAAUUAAGGGUGGUUUUCGACGCCUCUGCUCGUUGUCGAUCCGGUUCCUCACUGAAUGAGGGCCUCCAUGUUGGCCCAAAGUUACAACAAGAUAUAGUUGAUGUCUUAACUGGCUUUAGAGUCCAUACCGUUGCGUUCACCACAGACAUCUGCAAAAUGUACCGACAGAUUUGGGUACUGGAAAAAUACCGCGGAUACCAGCAUAUACUCUGGAGAAGUUCUCCACAGCUCCAGAUCCGGGAGAACACGUUGAACACGGUUACAUAUGGAGUAAACAGCGCUCCUUAUUUAGCGCUUCGGGUCCUUCGUCAUAUUGCUGAUAAUGAUUGUGAAGAGGUCCCUGAAGUUAGCAAGGCGCUCAAAUUCCAGACAUACAUGGACGACAUCUGUGUUGGGGCACCAUCGUUGGAAUGUGCUUUAUCAUUGAAAUCUGAUUUAAUUAAAACAUUGUCCAGAUCGGGAUUAAUGUUGAAGAAAUGGUCUAGCAACGAACCACGGUUGUUAUCAGGCCUUCCGCUGGAAGACUUAGCAGGCGAUCCCCUCACAUUUGACCGUGGUGACGGCAUUCCUGUGCUAGGUAUGCAAUGGCGUCCAACCGCUGAUCAUUUCGUGUACGACAUAACCGCAAUCAAGUCAGUUUUGUCCAAACGUGGGGUCCUAUCAGUAAUUGCGAGGAUCUUCGACCCGUUAGGGUUUCUAUCGCCAGUUAUUUUCCAUGCCAAGUGUAUUAUGCAACGUUUAUGGUCGGCUCAAACUUCAUGGGAUGAGCCACUUCCGCCAGCCAUCGCUAAGGAAUGGCAACAAUUCUUGGACAUGCUAGGUUGGCUGACAGAGAUCCGCAUUCCACGUUGCAUUGGCGGUUCCAUCGGGAUAGAAUAUUCAUUGUGCGGUUUUUGCGAUGCCUCUGAAAGGGGUUAUGCUGCAGUAUUGUACCUUCGUGUGACUGAUCCGUCUCAGAAGGUAAACGUGUACUUGCUCGGGGCAAAAACUAAACUGACAUCGUUAAAACCGACCACGAUACCCAGAUUGGAGUUAUGUGGAGCUGUUUUGUUGGCUUCUUGGUUAUCACGGAUGCAUCGGAUACUCGAAGCACACAUGAAGAUUUCAGGUGUUUAUGCUUGGUCGGAUUCGACCAUAGUCCUGUCUUGGUUGUUGAACCCCCAUGUUGCCUUGAAGGUCUUCGUCUCCAAUCGCGUCCAUCACAUCAAGACCUUGCUUCCAGUCUGCAAGUGGGCUCAUGUCAGGUCUGAAGAAAACCCGGCUGAUUGUGCAUCACGGGGACUGUCUCCGGCAGAGCUAGUAAAAGCUCAGUUGUACUGGUCGGGUCCAGAGUUUUUAAGAUCUCCAGUUGAUCAUUGGGAUCUCCAUCCAACCACCAUGCCAGGCGACCAGCUACCGGAAGUCCACUCAGUAGCCCUUUUGAUAACGACAUCAAUAAGGAAAGGCGAAUGGUUUACGCGGUUAUCAUCCUACAGCAUCAUGAUCCGUGUGAUAGCUAGGCUACGUCGUUUCAUUGGAAGAUGUAGGCGGCAGGAAACAGUUUCUGGUAAUUUGACACGUUCAGAGUUAGAUCAAGCUUUGUACGUGUUAGUCAAAUGUACCCAGGGAUGCCUGUUGAGUUCACUUCUUCGGGAAUUGUCAAGUGGUAGCGCGGUUUCUUCGAAGGUGUAUGCUAAACUUAGCCCUUUUAUCGAUGAAUUUGGUGUUAUUCGAGUUGGUGGUCGGCUGCAGAAUGCUAUGUGCUCAUGGGAUCGCAAACACCCAAUACUGUUACCUAAAGAAUCGCACCUAUCUGCGUUGAUUGCACGUCAUUGGCAUUUGAGUGCAUGUCACGCCCGAUCAAACCUACUUAUGUCGUUAGUCAAUAGUCGCUUCUGGAUCAUGGGCGUACGCCGAGUUGUCUAUAAGGCUAUCAAGUCCUGCAUUACUUGUGUUAAACUAGAUGGAGUGAAUCCUCAACCAAAAAUGGCUGAUCUGCCUGUGUCAAGAGUGCAAGCUUGCCGAGCAUUCACAGCAGUGGGAAUUGACUACGCGGGACCAUUAAUGAUGAAGGAAACAAAGUUACGAAAAGCUCGCGAAUACAAAGUUUACAUAGCACUGUUUGUUUGUAUGAGUACUAGAGCUAUUCAUCUUGAAGUUGUACUGGAUUUGUCAACUGAUGCCUUUUUAGCGGCACUUGACAGAUUUGUUGUCCGGCGAGGUGUGCCUACAUCCAUCCAUUCAGAUUGUGGAACAAAUUUUGUUGGGGCUGCGCGCAAAUUGAGGGAGUUGAUCAACUCGCCCUCGAGUAGGGAUCAAUGUUCCAGUCGUCUGAUGUGUCACUGGAACUUUAACCCACCUAGUGCACCUCACUUUGGAGGACUUUGGGAGGCUGCGGUGAAGUCUACCAAAUCGUUGCUGACAAGGUCAUUGGGGGCGCAGACUUGGACAUUGGAAGAGUUUACUACAAUCCUAUGUCGGGUUGAAGCUGCGCUGAACUCCAGGCCAUUAACUCCUGUUACUUCAGAUCCGGAGGACUUAGACUGUUUGACUCCAGGCCAUUUUUUAAUUGGCCAACCAUUGAUGUCAGUUCCUGAGGAGGAACUCAGUGUGAAGCCAGUGAAUAUACAACGGCGUUGGAAGCUCCUUCAACAAACUUUUCAAACCUUUUGGCGAAGAUGGUCGUCAGAAUACUUGAACACUUUGCAAGCUAGGAUUCGCUGGUCGUCAAGCCAAGAAAAUGUGAAAGUAGGAGACAUGGUGGUCAUAAAAGAUAACACUGCACCCCCACUACUCUAA